CCCUCGGGGCGGGACUCACAUCUGACCUCCCGGGCAAAACCGGGCGCCCAGGAGCCCCAUGAGCGGCAAAACCUGUCUCACACAAGCAUCAUGAGCGGCCGAGUCGGGGACCUGAGCCCUCAGCAGCAGGAGGCACUGGCCACGUUCCGGGACAGCCUCCAGGACCUGCUGCCCACCUUGCCCAAGGCUGACGAUUACUUCCUCCUGCGCUGGCUGCGAGCUCAGAAGUUUGACCUGAAGAAGUCUGAGGACAUGCUCCGGAAGCACCUGGAGUUCCGGAAGCAACACGACCUGGACAACAUCCUCACAUGGCAGCCCUCAAAGGUGAUCCAGCUGUACGACUCGGGCAGUCUGUGUGGCUACGACUAUGAUGGCUGCCCCGUGUUGUUCGAAAUCAUUGGGAACCUUGACCCGAAGGGCCUCCUCCUGUCAGCCUCCAAGCAGGAGCUGAUCCGGAGACGUAUCAAGGUCUGUGAGAUGAUUUCGCGUGAGUGUGAGCUGCAGAGCCAGAAGCUGGGCAGGAAGAUAGAGACAAUGAUCAUGGUGGCUGACAUGCAGGGGCUGAGCCUGAAACACUUGUGGAAGCCAGCUGUGGAGGUCUACCAGCAGUUUUUUCUCAUGCUGGACGCAAAUUAUCCUGAGACGGUGAAGAAUUUAAUUGUUGUUCGAGCCCCUAAGCUGUUCCCUGUGGCCUUCAACUUGGUCAAGACGUUCAUAAGUGAGGAGACUCGAAAGAAGAUAGUGAUUCUGGGAGGCAACUGGAAGCAGGAGCUUUCGAAGUUCAUCAGCCCCGACCAGUUGCCCAUGGAGUUUGGGGGGACCAUGACUGACCCUGAUGGCAACCCCAAGUGCCUGACUAAGAUCAAAUACGGAGGCGAGGUGCCCAAGAGCUACUACUUGCACAACCAGGUGAGGGUGCAGUACGAUCACACGGUGACCGUUGGCCGUGGCUCCUCCCUGCAGGUGGAAAAUGAGAUCCUGUUCCCGGGCUGUGUGCUCAGGUGGCAGUUUGCAUCAGAUGGGGCGGACAUCGGUUUCGGAGUUUUCCUGAAGACCAAGAAAGGAGAGAAGCAGCGGGUCGGGGAGAUGACAGAGGUGGUGCCCAGCCAGCGCUACAAUGCCCACCUGGUGCCCGAGGACGGCAGCCUCACCUGCCUCAAUGCUGGCGUCUAUGUCCUGCGCUUUGACAACACCUACAGCCUGAUGCACUCCAAGAAGGUCAGCUACACUGUGGAGGUGCUGCUCCCUGACAAGGCCUCCCAGGAGAAGAUUCAGGGUCUCGAGGAGACAGGACCGUCCCCAGCACAAUGAAGAAAGACCCUGGCUGUGCCUCUGUGCCUGUGCCCGUGCCCUCCAACCCCCUUUGCCCCCUACUCCCUGUCCGAUGCCCUCCCAGGCAGUGUGGUGCUGGAGGUGAGUGCAGAGAGUACUCACCCUACGUGGCCAUCUCAACUCCUCAUGGGACCACCUGGCAUAACAGCCAAGCAGGAAGGGGACACCCAGUGCGUAGGCCACCCUGAGGACUCUGACAAGCAUCUUAUCCCCUGCUUGGAAACAUUGAGAAUGAGAACCCCGAGGAUGAACCAGCAUCCACUGAGGAAGGAUCCUGCUCGCAGAAGCAGCCCGGAGUCUGCCUGACAAGGUCCACCUGUCCCAAGGCGCAGCCACUACCUGGCAUCCAGGCUUGGGGGCUUAAGCCCUGGGCCCUGCAGGGAGCACGGCCUCAGGCCCUAAGAGCAGGGAGGCAGAAUUCUUUGCACAAAGCGGCUCAGUGGGGAUGGGCAGGGCCAGCUAGAGGCAGCUGGGUGGAGGGACAGGGCAGGGCUGAGGGUGUCUCUUCUGAAAGAGCAUCAAGGCCCCUCCAGGGUUGUUCUGCCUUUGGAGGGAAAAUCAGAAAUGGAGAGCAAAACCCAGCAGGUGUAACCACCAGGAGAAAAGGCCAUGCUCAGCCUUACACAGAGCUGAGUGGGUGAAGCCUGAGUCUCCAGGGCAUUCCCGGUGACCCCCUUCCCCUCCCCACCUGCUGUGAUCCAGCUGACAUUCGGCUUGGGUUCUUCCUACCUCAGAGCAGGGGCGACACUGAAGCAGAGCCAGAGGAAGCUGGACUGUGCUGGAAUGAGAUAGAAUGCGCUGCCGUCACAGGGCACCCAUCUCAGGCUCUGACUUGCUUCUGGGAGAAGCAUCCAGCUUUUCCUCCACUCUUGUGUCUCCCAAGUGGACAGCUGAAGGUCAGCUGCCAACCUCUGACCCCACUAUGCAACCCAGCAGCUGGCCAGUGAUGGCUUCUAUCUCUCAAAAGCUGGCCCACCUGGUGCCCGCAGCCCAGUUGGGACCACCACCUGCACUGCUGGGUGGACUGCACCCAGCAGAGCCAAGCUUGCCGUGGAAUGAACGGAGGACACCAUCGAACUGGGUGUGGCUCUACCGGUGGACUCCAGCAGGCAAUGACGUCAUCGAACGGGGUCUGGGAGUCCAGGCUGCUCUACCCUGCCCCCUCCCCCCCCUGCCCCCUGCUCUCUGGCUGGGCCUGGCCAGUGGCCACCAGCAUUCCUGAAGACCUGGCUCUGGAUGACUUGGCCCUCGGCUCUGGAUCUCUGCCCAUGAGCUGCUUGUUUGUCCUUCAGUCCCACAGGGCAAAGGAGUGCCAUCCAGUAGGCGACGUCCCCAGGAGUGAGUGGCCCAAUGUCUCUGUGAAAGGGGCUCUCCCUGUAAGUCAUCAGCACCCUGGCUGCUCAGUUCCUCCCCAGAGACUGGAAGUCUCAGCAAGUGCCACUGUCCAGGUGCUUUGCGACCAAAAGGCCAGGCUCUGGCCCCUUUCUUGCCCUUAGAGUCUGUGAUUUCAUUUUCUCCAGUUUAUAGGAAGUUUCUAGAUUUCCCAGGACCUAUUUUUAGCAAGAAAAGGAUGAGAGUUGGGAAGGUGGGGGUCUUCAGGUGAGCUGUGUGAGGGCCUGGGACCCCCAGGCCCUGCAUCUGUGGCAGGAAAACCAUCAUUCACAGUUUCCCACGCAGGUCUGAACAGGUUCUGAUGCUAUAAAAAGCAAACUAAAUGGAAUGCAAUGCCAGAAGCCAGUGCUGUGAGGCACUGCUCGGCUAGCAGAAUGGGUGAGUCGUGUGGCAAGAAAAGAACCUGCUGUGGCAGCAUCAGGGAGACGGCCUGGGGCUGGCCGUCAGGCAGAAGUCCCAGGACACCCGUGCUCCAGGGCUGCUCCGAGUCCCAGGCGCGGCAGGCUUUCCCACUGCCCAUGUGGCACUGCAGGGUCACCCUCUGCGCAGCCGCCCCGGCUGCAGCCCUGUCUGGGAAACCCUGAGGCCCUCCCUCGGGCAUCCCAGAGCCAUUUCCCACUGCCCUUGGCAGGCUAUGGAGGGCGCGCUCACUGGGGUUGGGGGGACCCUUUGCCUGGUUUUGCUGGGCCCACCUUUUCCUAUGACAGAGGCCCAUAAUGCCUCACUUCUACUUUCACAACCUCCUGCUUAAAAACAAGGGGUUUAUGGACUUGACCCCUGACCCUUGCCCUUCUAACCACCCAUAGCCGAUUACCCACCACGAGCACAGCCUCAUCUGGUUUCCUCCCAAAAUCCAAUCCCAGAGAAUUUACACAGAUACAACUAAAACAAGGGGGUCAGGUGCGGGCUCCAGCGACUCUGAAUCCCGGGCCUGGCAGAGCACACCUCAGGUUAAGCAGGGAUGGCAGCAGUCACCUGCAGAGGUGAGAACAGAAGCUCCCACCUGCCAAGGGGGCAGGGGCACUUUGGGAGCUGCACAAGGGGCCGUGUCUUCAGCAGCCCAUCCUCAACUCAACACUGUCACUUAAAAAAAUAAAAAAGAUGGUAGACCAGAUAUAGACAAGGGAGGGGCUGGCCUGCCCGAAGUUCGUUUCUCUGUUCAUUCAUUUAUUCAUCAAUGUUUACUGAGCGUCUGUCCAGCACCAGGCAUGGCAGGCCCUGGGGACGCCAAGGCGCUGGGCCGACCGGACGCCACCAGCAGGAAGGUUUCCCGUGUAGAGAGAGGCAGAGGCGACUCUGCGAUCCACUAUCCAGUGAGCCUGUCUUCACCAUGCAUGCUUGGAGGGGCCGAAUUCUGGGGGAGCAUCCAGCCAGGGACGCCGCUGGGGGUGUCAGAUGUGCUUUGCCCAAAGCUGAGGACCCCUGAAGGGAGAGCUGAAGCGUCAGUGGGGCUGGCCAGGUGUGGUUCAGCCUCCCAGACCAAGGAGCGGGGUGUUCGAGGCUGGAGGAGAGCCAGGAGGGCUCUCAGGUGAUGGUGGUAAGCACUGAUUGGUGUUGGCUGUUUGUGAACCACUGUGCACACUUCGUUGUUAACAAUGCCGGUUAUGAAACGGAGUCUGUUGUUUGUCAGGAAAGAAUGGCAAAACCUUGGCAAGAGGCCACAGAUCAAAACUCUUGCUCAAAAGGAGGUGUUUGGAAAUGCCUGACCUCACCUACCCAGAGGAAUGGAGGCAGGGCCUGCGCUUCCCAGCCAUCUCCUGUCUGUAAAGCACCCCCAAUCUUCCAGGAGAGGCAGGGAGAUAAGAGGGGGCUUAUAUGAGUGUUUGAGAGCAGUUGGAAAGGUUUCCCUGCCCCCCAAAUCUCCACUCCAGCUCAGCUCGCCUUCUAAGAGCUGAGGGGACCGGAGGAGACACCACUGUGGGCCAAGCACAGCUGCCCAGAGCAGGUCUUCAACAGCUACACCAUGGCGCAGUGCUCCACAGUGUGCAUUGCCCCUUCCCAUGCAGCCCUGGAGGAGAUAGGAGUCAUAGCCCCAUUUUUCAGGCCAAGAAACUGAGGCUCGUGAGCGGAAGUGCCUUGGCCAAAGGCUCGGUGUCUAAUGACAGAGGUGGAGCCAGCACCCGGGUGUGCUUCCAGCAGUGCCCCCCCACCCUGCCUCUCAGGGAACGAGGGAGCAAGUGGGCCCUGCCAGGGAGGGCCAGGCUGGGGCAGGGGACACUGAGUGGGUCAGAGCCAGGUGCUGGGGUCAGAGGAGGCUCCAGAAUCUGUAGAAAGUUUCUUGGACAUUUAUGCCUCUUGAUCAGAUGUAGCAGUGCUGGCUACACUGCACACCUACUGUGUGCCAGGCCCGAGCUGAAGCAGGAAGCAUCCUCCUGUUGACAAAUGAGGAGAGUGCGACUCACAGAAGGAAGAAACGUCACAUCACACAACAAAGGCAAGGAGGCCAGACGUGAGUCAGGACCCACCCAUGCAGGCAGCGUAAGAACUUAAUGAGCACACUGGGUGGGCAGCUGCCACCUGGUACUUCAGGCGAGGCCACUGUGCCAGGCCUGAGCCGAGGGGCCCUCAGGCGACUUCCAUCUUCAGCCACUACGGAGUGCCCUUGGGCCAGCCAUGUGUCCACCCUGUGAAGUAUAAACAGGGUUCCCCCAGCAUCUAGCUCAUGAAAGGCAGCUUUGCAGGUGA